AGUGCCUCUGAUACAACUAAUAACGUUUGCAAUGCAGAUCUUCAUCAGCUACUAAGCAACAUUUUUUCAAAGUGGAUAAUUAUGAAAAAGAAACGUAAAAAAGAUUCAGAGUUACCUUUCCCAUCAUCCUUUGCACUUCUUGGUAAUCUUAUUAAAUAUCAUGUUAAGGAUAAGCAGUUACUUAUUCAUCAUCCUCCAGAAUAUGUUGGCCCACCAGUACAAUUCCUGUGUGAUUAUCAUAAUGAAGAUCUAGAAAUGGGAAAAGAACAUUAUCAAUGGGCUCUUAAGUUUAUUCAUAAAAUGGCAAACAUAUAUCCUAAUGAUGAAUCUUCAAAUGAUGGUGUAUUAGAAUGUAAUUUCUAUUCAUUUAGUAUAUUAUGCCUACUUGCUGAGAUAAAGAAUAAAAUUGGCACUGCUGGACCUUGGGUGUGUGUUUUAGAAGCGGUGUAUGUUGAGAAACCCAUUAUAGAUCCCUUAACAGACCUCAUAUCUCUCAUUUCUACAAACAUUCGAGAUCACGCAGAGCAAAUCGAUAGCAAAUUCACAAAAUUUACAAUGGUUUUUCCUUAUCCAAAUCAAUACAAACAACAAGAUACAACUAUAGAAUUUACAUAUGAAAAAAAGCUUCGUUAUUAUGAGAGAGUAUACGAGUUGUGUAGCGAAAUUGGAAAAGCGUCAAAAUUACUCUAUAUUAGCAAAGAGGUGGUAUAUAGUUUUUAUAUAGUCAUGAUAGAUUAUGUUAAGGCCAAGCCACUUUACAACUGCAAUAAUUUGCUUAGUCAUGAUGAAUGUAAAACAGUUUUCGAAGAUAUUGAAGAAGCUAUCAGCAAAUUGCAUAAAGAAAAUAUCAUUUUUGCUUACCUCUGUGAUUCCAACAUCUUGGUUAACAAAUCUCAAGAUCAAUAUCAAGGAAUGUUAAUAGAUUUCGAUUGGGCUGGUGAGGAAAGAAUUGAGUGCUACCUAUCUUUCAUGAAUGAAGAUAUUAAUUGGCCACCAGGAGCUGAGGAUAGGAAAAAACUGAGUCAGGAACAUGAUAUGUAUUGGUUGAAGUUAUUGAAAUCUAAUUACUUAGAUGAAAGUGUAGAGCUCGAAUGA